AAUAAACCAGGGAAACCCCGAGACAUGCAAUACCGUUUUGUGCAAUAGGGAGACACGGUGACAUUUACAGAGACUUGACAGCCUAGUUGCUUGCAAGUUACCGAAUGUCACGGUCGUAUUCAAAAGGCAACUAGCUCAGCACAUCUCGUGUGAAAAGAGGGCGCAUUGUAUUGUGAGGCCAUCACGAGCGACACGAUGGACAAGAAACCGGCAGGAUCUACGAGAGCCAGUAACUCGGAGGGGGAGGAAGAUCCGAUUGAGGCGCUCACUGGAAACCUCUCCAACUUUCUGCCACCUUCGGGAGCAACACAUCUCAAUCGAACCGCCAGAGGGCGUUUUCGCGUCACCAUAGCAGAACGCCUGUUUGCGGAAGCGAAAAAGGCUUUGACAGAAGACGGGCUUAUGUUCGAUCCGGCCAAUUUCGCCGAGGAUGAACUGGACGAAAUGCUGGAGAAGUUUUUCGAAACGAGUGCACCUUCGAAAGUGAACCGAUCUGAUGGUAUUGGUUGGAUCCGUGUCUUUUCGGCCUCCAAAAAACCGGAAGAGUUCAAAAAUCUGGAGGACCUUGAAGCCGACUGGAAGAAGCUCCAGAAAUCGAGACAAAAUAUCGACUUUAAUGCUGUCAAACAACUGGCAAUCUCUCAUAGGUGCUUGAUUGGAAUUUGGCUUCUCUUUUUUGACACCGGAGAGGAGAUCGACAAUGCGUGGGAGAAAAUCGCCAGGGCUACGGUCCGAGACGAGCUGGGCACACACGCCAAGGUGACGCCGUGCGUAGACACCAAGGAAGGGAAAGCUCUGUAUGCUACAGCUUCGCAAGAGCAGCACGUCGUCAGCGUGUACACUAAAGAUUUCACCGACAAAGAAGACGUGAUGAAAGUAGAGGCUGUACUGCGCAAGUUGGGCUUCAGAGAGCGAAUCACAUUCAAGCCUGGAGUUUACUCCAAGCUGGGCGUUUUCUCGCAGAACCAGUGGGGGCUGAGGCCAAGCAUCUACACAUCGAACUGGGAUCCAAGGAAGCUUGCCGGAAAUAUACGAGAUUGCACCAAAUCUCGCGUGACCUACAUGAUCAACGACCAGUAGCCAAUGACUUUUUGCAGUUCACUUUUCUCGUUGCAGUUUUCUUUUUUUAUAGUUUCUUGUUUAUGCCAAAGUUGUUGGUUAAAAGUCAUUGUGUUUGAUCAGAAACAAAUCCUCGAUGGAAAAGUAAGUCGUGCAGAUAACAUAUGACACAAGUAUCCCCCUCGUCACUUGCAGCAAAUGGACCUUAUUCACGAGUCGGCCAUAUUGAAUUGAAAGCUAGGUAAUUCUUAAUUUUUGGAACUUGCAAAGAGAA